GUCAGAAGGUGUGCUAUGGGGACUUCAAAAAUUCAUGUUACAAGAUAGCAUAUUUCCAGGACUUGUCAAGGCGUGUGGGCUUUCAGGAGGCUCGCCAAGCUUGUGAAAUUGAUGGUGGGGCUUUACUGAGCUUGGAAAGUGAAGCUGAACAGCAGCUAAUAGAAAACAUGUUACAAAACCUCACUAAAUCAGGCUCUGGGAUUUCUGAUGGUGAUUUCUGGAUUGGGUUGUGGAGAAGUGGUGACGAACUAGCCACAACUGCUUGCCCUGACCUUUACAAAUGGGCUGAUGGAAGCAUUUCAUCAUUCAGGAAUUGGUAUACAGAUGAGCCUUCCUGUGGAAGUGAAGCCUGUGUUGUGAUGUAUCAUCAGCCAACUGCAAACCCUGGUCUGGGAGGGCCAUAUCUUUAUCAAUGGAAUGAUGAUAGAUGCAACAUGAAGCACAAUUUUAUCUGCAAGUAUGGCCCAGAUAAUGUCUUGGAAAAAGAAUUAGGAGACAGAGCAGAGCUAGAGUACGGUGUAUUUCCAACAGUGCCAGCUGCCAAUCCUUAUGAUGCAAACAAGCCAGAAGAUCACUAUCAUGUUAUUGCUACUGAAACAGGUAUAAUUCCAAACCUAAUAUAUGUUGUAAUACCCACUAUACCACUACUGCUGUUGAUAUUGGUGGCUUUUGGGACUUGCUGUUUCCAGAUGCUUCAUAAAAGGGAAGCAAGGAGAAACUGCUUCAAAGAUCCAUCUCCAUUAUCAUCUGAAUGCCUUGCAGAAAGUUUAAAUUCCAACCUGUAAAGGAAGAACAAAAACCAGUCCAAACCAGUCGACACUAUGGAUUUCAAAGACACCUAGAAAGGACAGCAGCAUGGAGGUAUAAUGAUUUAAUGACUGAAAAUGAAGCAAAAUUUAACAUUUUUGCAGACAAGCUGUAUUAUAGUGUCACCUCAGAACAUUAGCUUGGAAUGGCUUGAAAAUUGCAAAGGAUCAACAAGAUGAACUGUAAGCUCCCCCUUGAGGCAAAUGUUUGGAUCUUUUUUUUAUAUAUAUGAUGUUUGAUUAUUAAUUCAGUAACAAAAUAUGCCAUGCUAAAUAAAGGAUAAGUGUUUAUUUUGCUAAGAGACAUAAGUCAGCUAGUAGUAAUCAAUGAAAAGAACAGUGCAUUUGAAGUUUUUAU